AUGGCAACAGAAAUUUUGAAAGAAAAUGAGAGAAGAGAACACCUUUUGGAGUAUUGGAGGAAGGCAAUUACUGAGGCUUUGGACGUCUCAACAGAUGCAGUCUUUAAAUCCACCUUUAAAAUGCUAAAGGCUCAUAAUCAGAUAGAGAGCCUCGUGAAACAUUGGAAGGUGGCACUUUGUGAGGCUGCUAUCAUCUCUAGGUUGAUGGUCCUGCAUUACAGAGGAAAAAGGGAUCAUGAGAUCAAUAUGCUCGUGAAUGCUAGGGACGCACUUCGUGAGGCUGCUGGCAUCUCAGGGGUUGUAGUCCUCAAUUCUAGGAAUGAAAGCGAGGCUAUCAAAAACAUCUUGAACAAUGUUACAAGUUUGUUGGACAAGACAGAGUUGUUUGUUGCCAAUAAUCCAGUUGGAGUUGAACCUCGAGUGCAAGAAAUUGUUCAGUUGCUAGACCAAAAGCAAGCAAACGAUGUUCUACUACUAGGGGUAUGGGGGAUGGGAGGCAUUGGUAAAACAACUAUUGCAAAAGCAAUUUACAAUAAGAUUGGCCGUAAUUUUGAGGGAAGGAGUUUCCUUGCUGAUAUUAGGGAAGUUUGGGGGCAAGAGGCUGGCCAAGUUUCUUUACAAGAGCAACUUCUAUUUGAUAUCAACAAAGAAAACAAUAUAAAGAUACGAAUGGAUCGAAAUGAUGUUAUACAUAUAUUAAAUGGUUGUGGUCUUUUCCCAGAGAAUGGGAUACGUGUCUUGGUAGAGCGAAGUCUUGUAACUGUAGAUGAUAAGAACAAACUUGGAAUGCAUGAUUUGCUACGGGAUAUGGGAAGAGAAAUUAUUCGAUCAAAAUCACCUAUGGUGCUUGAGGAGCGUAGCAGGUUAUGGUUUGAUGAGGAUGUGCUUGAUGUGUUAUCAAAAGAAUCUAAACUCAGGUUGCUUCAACUGUCUGGUGUAGAACUUGUUGGAGAUUUUGAAAAUCUUUCGAAAGAUCUUAGAUGGCUUUGUUGGCAUGGAUUUCCUUUUGCCUUCAUACCAACAAGCUUUUAUCAAAGAAGUCUAGUUUCUAUUGAGUUAGAAAACAGUAAGAUUACAAUGAUGUGGAAGGAGACCCAGCUGAUGGAGAAGUUGAAAAUUCUUAAUCUUAGCCAUUCACAUUAUUUAACAAAGACUCCAGACUUUUUGAAUUUGCCUAAUCUUGAAAAGCUGGUACUCAUAGAUUGUCCAAGCCUAUCUGAGGUUUCAUAUACCAUUGGACAUCUCACUAAAGUUCUCCUAAUAAAAUUUCAAGAUUGUAUUAGCCUUCCUAACCUUCCAAAAAGUAUCUAUAAAUUGAAAUCUCUUAAAACACUCAUUCUUUCUGGAUGUUUAAUGAUUGACAAGUUGGAAGAGGACAUAGAACAGAUGCAGUCUUUGACGACCCUUAUUGCAGAUAAGACUGCAAUAACAAGAGUGCCCUUUUCAAUAGUUAGAUCGCAAAGUAUUGGAUAUAUUUCAUUAUGUGGUUUUGAAGGAGUUUCACGCGACGUGUUUCCAUCAAUCAUUUGGUCUUGGAUGUCACCAGCAAAUAAUCUCUCUUGUGUUCAAACAUUUGUGGAUAUGUCAUCACUUGUUUAUUUAGAUGCUCCAAAUAGCAGUUCCAAUCAGCUAUCAUAUAUCACUGAGGAGCUUCCACAGCUUCAAAGUCUUUCGAUAGAGUGUGGCUCGGACCUUCAACUUUCUCGAGAUACAACAAGUAUUUUGGAUGCUUUAUAUAAUUCAAAUUCUGAAGAAUCUGAGUCAUCUACAACUACAUCACAAAUGCAAAAUGUAUUUACAUUGAUUGAAUGCAAAUCAAUGUCAAAAUGUUUUGUGAAAACACUUUUAAUUCAAAUGGGAACUAGUUGGGAAAUGACCCAUGUUCUGAAACAGAGAAUUUUACAGAAUAUGACAAGUAAUGACAGUGACUGUUUGCUCCCUGGUGACUGUUAUCCAGAUUGGUUAUCCUUCAGUAGCAACAGUAACAACGGUUCUUCUGUGACUUUUGAAAUCCCUCAAGUGAAUGGGCGUAACUUGAAGACAAUGAUGUGCCAUAUCCAUUAUUCUUCCCCUGACAAUAUAACAUCAGAUGGCCUUAAAAAUUUGUUGGUGAUAAAUCUCACAAAGACCACCAUUCAGCUUUUUAAAAGAAACGCAUUAGCAUCGUUUAAAGAUGAGGAAUUGCAGAGGGUACUAUCAAACAUAGAGCCUGGAAACAAGUUUCCACGCAGUAGUUUUGAGUGA